CACACACACACACAUACAACGCCUUUGCUAUUCUUGGGAACGCCGAAAGUUCCCCAAACAUUCCCCUUUCCCACAGCUGCUGCUGCUCCUUUUCGGUUCUUUUUUGUCUUUCGGCUACGGUGAUGGGAAAAGGCAAAAAUAUUCCAUGGGUCACGCUCGGGUUAAACUUUGACGGAUUCGAGAAUGGGUUUUGGACACGUGAGAUGAUUACGUUGCUUUCGUUUUUCUUUUGGGUUUUUUUUCCUUUACUUUUCUUUUGGUGUUGGGUGGGCGGUUUAUGUUGGAUGAUUCAUUCCUUUGAUACCCUUUUGUUGGAAUACAUGUAUAUACACGGCCAUGGAGUACAAACAUUUCUCUGGUUUCUUUCUACAUCCCGUUCAGCUGAAUACUCAGACGACUCUUCUAGACCUAAAACUCAUUACACAGUAGUACUCUGCACUCCAUAGAGAACCCUUAGUGCACGAUAGUCCCCUCACUAGUCCCUGACCCAAACUCAGCACAUACCAAUACCAAAUCAAUCCCAGCCUACAAUGAACCGGUGGAUCCCGCAGAUC